AUGGCCUUGCCCAUAUUUUCAUCUCCUUCAUACCAGCCUUCAAUCUGGACAAAUGAUUAUAUACAAUCAUUAAAUAGUGAAUAUAAGGAAGAAAGUUAUGCAGAGAAAUGUGGAGUGUUAAGGGAAGAAGUGAGAAUGAUGUUCAACAAAAUAGAAAAUGAGGUUGAUCAAUUGGAGUUUAUUGAUGUAAUCCAAAGACUUGGAGUGGCUUACCCUUUCAAUAAUGAAAUAAGGAACAUAUUGGACAUUAUUUACAACAAUCAAACAUCAAAGUUGGAGAAGAAUUUACAUGCCGUAGCACUCAAGUUUAGACUCUUGAGACAACAUCAUUAUGACAUAUCUACAGAUGUUUUUGAUUGCUUUCAAGAUGAAAUUUGUGGUUUUAAGAAAAACCAAAUACUUGAUGUUGAGGGAAUGUUGUCAAUGUAUGAAGCCUCAUUUCAUUCAUUUGAAGACGAGAUUAUAUUAGACAAAGCAAGAGAUUUCACAUCAAAGUUUCUCAAAGAUUUUUUGAAUCAAAAUGGAGAUAGUCAUUUGUCACUUCAAAUAAGUCAUGCUUUGGAGCUUCCGCUACAUUGGAGAGUUCCUCGAUGGGAGGCUCGUUGUUUUAUCAAUAUAUACGAAAAACAACAAAAUAAGAAUAAUGUUUUGCUUCACUUUGCUAAAUUGGAUUUCAACAUUCUUCAAAGCAUCUAUCAAGAAGAACUUAAGUAUACGUCGAGAUGGUGGAAAGGAACUGAAAUUGAAGAAAAGCUGAAAUUUGUUAGGGAUAGGCUUGUUGAGAACUUUGUUUGGAACGUGGGAAUGAGUUUCAAUGCAGAAUUUGAAUAUUUUCGAAAAGUUCUAACAAAGGUUAAUACUUUAAUUACCAUAAUUGAUGAUGUUUAUGAUGUUUAUGGAACCUUGGAAGAACUAGAGCUCUUCACAGAAGCAGUUGACAGAUGGGAUCUAAAUGCCAUAGAUUCUCUACCAGACUACAUGCAAAUAUGCUAUCAUACUCUCUAUGACUUUGUCAAAGAAGUUGAAGUUGAAAUAUUGAACAAAACUGGGCACUCUAUCGCUCCAUACCUCAAAAAAGAAUGGACAGGUCUAUGUAAAUCAUACUUAAUUGAAGCAAAGUGGUAUCAUAGUGGAUAUACUCCAACCUUUGAGGAAUACAUAGAGAAUGCAUGGAUAUCUAUAAGUGCACCUCUUAUGCUUGUUCAUGGUUACUUUGUGAUACCAAAUGCAUUCAAAAUGGAAGACUUGUAUCAUUUAGAAGAAAACUCGGAAAUAAUUCGAUAUUCAUCAAUGAUUUUACGCCUUGCUAAUGACCUUGGAACAUCUAAACGUGAAAAUGUGACAGGUGAUAUUCCAAAAUCAAUUCAAUCUUAUGUGAUCGAAACGGGCGCUUCUGAAGCAGAGGCUCGCGAGCAUAUAAAGUCCAUAAUGGAUACAAUUUGGAAGAAAAUGAAUAAAGAAGCUUGUAAUUCAGUUUUUUCUAAAAGUUUCAUAGAUAUUUCGAUAAAUCUGGGUAGAAUGGCAUUAUUCAUGUACCAGCAUGGAGAUGGUCAUACCAUUCAAGAUCCAGAACAUCAGAAUCGUAUUCAAUCAUUAAUUUGGCAGCCUAUUCCUAUAAUAUCUAAGCAAUAUUAAUGGUUAAACAAUAGUUUUGAUGUGCUUUUAGCCAUCACAAUAGCUAUCUGUUUGUAAAUUUUAUAUGUAAUAUGUUUUAAAAUCAAUAAAUGAAUAAAUUACAACUUCUA